CUGCGUCAAAACAUGACAACGUAUGUAGUCUCGCAGUCAAUUCAACCUUGUCCCGAAAAGAUGUGCCAAUUGUGAUAUUAGUUUUGUGUAGAUGCAGUGUGUAAAGCCCAAAAGGAUAGAAGAAUAACCAUGAGACGCCGUUUUCAGUACCUCUCUACCAGGUUCAGACCGCUGGGAUUUCGCAGGACUACCUUCAAUGUGUUUCUUGCGUUGUCGAUACUGGGAAUAGUAAUGCUCAUAUACGGGAUUCGACUUGGGAGCGAGGACGAGACGAUCGACGAGGACUACGACGCGGACUCACGUGAGAUUAUAAACAACACUUAUAGCAGAGAGGUGGAAGAAACAGCACCAGACUCAGACGAGGCGUCAUCAGAAGAGGAGUCGGAAGAAUGGCACCUGAAUCCUUUGCCUGCACUGAAGGCUCUGUGGAGCAAAACAGAGAGAACCGUACCGGUCAUGCCUGAGUUAGACAAUGCAGAAACCCAGGCCAGCCAGCCCAAUCCCAUCAUUGAGAGAGUAGAGAAGCACUGGAACGAGGAACGUUGCCAGGCCAUGCAGAAUUUAAGCCGGCGUUUUUACGACCCAAGACGCCACGUCAUCCACCUUAGGGAGCUGUACAAGUUCGAGAGAUACUGCAACUCCUCUACCUUCACCCUCAAGACGUCCAAAACCAAAUUCUGUGACGUCGUCAGCACACCCAUCCGGCAAUACCGCACAUGCGCGGUAGUGGGGAACGGCGGCAUCCUCUUGAACAGUAGCUGCGGUGCUGAGAUAGACGCACAUGACUUUGUCGUCCGCUCAAACCUCCCUCCUACAUUACCUUACCGACAAGACGUCGGCAUCAAAACCAACUUCACAGCCGUGAAUUUCGAACGCCUUAUACAAGUCAGAGACCAACUGAAGUCUUCCAACCCUCGCGUGCUGGAUGAAGUGUUCACCAGGUUUAGGAUUUCGCCGGGCAUGGUGUUCGCGUACGGACUGAGUCUGCAAGACGUAAGGAACCAGAGGAGAAUGGCGGGCACCGCACGGACCGUCAGAGAGCGGGGCCUGCCUGUCACGUUUGCGUUCGCUCACCGGUCCUACAUGGAUGGCAAAGGGAUGUGGUACCUGCUGUCUGGCAAACAGAACCACCUCCCCUCCACCGGUCUGAACCUGGUGGGUCUGGCCUGGUCCUUCUGCGACAGGAUCUCCCUCUACGGCUACUUCCCCUUCGACUCGGACAUACAGGGCAACAAGCUGCCUUACCACUACUACGACCAGAAGCUGGCGGAGGGAUCGCACAACAUGGCCAACGAGUUCAUCAUCUACAGAAGACUUCACGAUCUUGGGAUCAUCAGGCAUGUCUUCGGCCGCUGUGAAGCUAAUCCUUAGGCCAUGUUGCUUUGAUUAUAUGAAUGACAUGAUCAAUUGUUCGGUAUACUACAUUCUGUGCGUUCAGUUAUUUGUUCAACCUUCCUGGCCACUUAGAUUUCAUAUUUAAGACAACUUUUUAAUCAAAUCGACAUGGCCUUUAGAGCUCAUCUCCUGCAAAUAAGACCGUCUUUAAUUGCUGUGCACUAAAGACUGUCUCUAAAUUUAUAGUGCCAUGCGAGAAUGUUAGUAUGAUGUGAUAAUUCCCACAUUGCAAAUGUAUAACAUUAAGGGAAGUACAGAAGAAAGUGCCUGAGUAGUGUUAUUAUGAAUAUACAAAUAGAACUUUUUAGAGUUUUCAGUUUCCUAGCUCUAUUAAUCAUGUGGUACAAGUUGCCAUACCUAAAGUUGUGGUUAAAAGUAACCGCACGCAACGCUAAGGGCACAACCCGCAGUACGUGCAAAUACGUGCUGUCUACGUGCCAAAACGUGGGCAAUCUUUUGGGAUCCGUAAGUGGUAAGUACCGUCUCCGUACGAACUCGUAG